AUGCCAUGGACAGUAGAGAGCCAAGAAAUGUUGUGCGGUGGAACGCUAAUUGGUCCUCAGUUGACUGUCCCCGCUGCGCAUUGCGUCACCGAAUGGAUGGAUAAGAACUCGCUUAUGGAACCGAAAGAGGACGCAGAAUUGGAUAAUGACCCAAUACAUGCAUAUGUAUGUGACCUUGACAUCAAAGCGGGAGAAGAGUAUUUUCAAGUAUACGUGAUACAAAGUGUAAUCUUGCACCUGGCUUUUCAACAGGGUAGUGAGAACAACGGUGCCGACUUCGCAUUGCUGUACAUGAAAGAGCCAGUUGCAGAUUGUAAGUCUCAACAUGAUUUGAAUGCACCAUGA